AUGCCUGCGUCUCAGAGUUUCACCGACAAAUUAUUUAAAGGUGAUAAAACACCAACAUGGUCUCAUGCACUGGCACGCUGCCCUCACCUUUCCCUCGCACCAGACGAACCGAAGCCGGGAACCGUCGUGGGCCUUCGUUGGUUCCUAAUCUGCGUUGCCAUCUUCUCAGCCAACCUGCUGUACGGCCUCGACACCACCAUAGGAGCUGAUAUCCAGGGCGCCGUGUCUGACACGUUUGACAAUGUGAUGCAACUUGACUGGCUUGGUGUGGGGUUUAAUCUUGGCUCUACUGUUGCUAUUUUGCCUCUUGGCAAAGCUUAUGGCAUAUUUGAUACCAAGUGGCUUUAUAUUGCCUGCUUGACCAUGUCCUCAGCCGGAAGUGCGCUCUGUGGAGCCGCACCCACCAUGAAUGCCAUAUCGUGGGACGAGUGUGGGCUGGCGUUGGCGGCGCGGGCAUGUAUCUUGGAAUACAGAACGCUGAACCUCGUCUCAUCGACCCUUAAUCCGCGACAAGCUUCGUUUUACAUGGGCUUCAUCGGCUUCGUCUACGGAGGCGGCUGUAUCCUGGGUCCAAUUGUCGGCGGCUUGCUGGCUGAUAGUGCAGCGACCUGGAGAUGGGCAUUCUACCUCAAUCUUGUCAUCUUCGGGGCCAUGUCCCCGAUAUAUCUCCUAGUACUACCCUCGUUCCCGCGCCAGGUGGGCCGCACAUUCACCCAGAAGAUGUCCUCCCUCGAUUGGCUCGGCAUCGUGUUGAGCGCAGCAAUGUAUGUCUGCUUUAUCCUGGCCUUUGCCUUUGGCGGCGUCCCAUGGGAAUGGUCGGAUGCCCGCACAAUCGCCCUGAUCGUCCUCUCUGACGUUUUUCUCGUUGCCUUCGCUGUCAGUCAACACUACGCCUUGUUCACCACACAACUUAACCGCCUAUUUCCUUGCGAUCUCCUACGAGAUGUCCGUCUUGUGUUGCUGUACAUCUGCAUGGCAUGCGGCGGCGCGGCUCUCUUUGUUUCUGUCUACUAUAUCCCACUGUACUACCUCUUUGUCCACGGCGACACGGGUGUUGAGGCUGCGACACGCUUGCUACCCUUCAUAUGCGUCUACGUCGCGGCUAUCCUGAUGGCUGGCUACGCAAUGCCACCGGGAUUCCUCAUUGCGGGCGGCGCAGCUAUGCUCACUGUCGACGUUACGACCUCUUCCGCGCGCGUGUAUGGAUUCUCCGUGUUGAUUGCGGUCGGUUUGACUGUCUGCCAAGCGGGCUACGCCAUCGCGACCCGGCUGGCCAAACCAGGGCGGGAGCCUAAGGCGAUCCAGUUCCUGAACAUCAGCCAGGGGCAAAGCCAGCUGCUGGGGCUAGCGAUUGCAAAUUCCAUCUUCCAGAGCACGGCAUUCAGCGGUAUCAAGUCUAUACUGGAUGAGAUAGGAUUCACGGAUGCCGAGAUACAGACAGCCAUCGCAGGAGCCAAGAGCGCCGUGUUGCAGCAGGUAGGUCCUGAGCUGAGGCAGGAGUGCAUUGAGGUGAUUGUUCGGGCGGUGAGGUAUGAGUGGGUGUUGGUUGUCGUGGCGGGCGUGUUGCAGACGACAUGCUCCUGUUUCCUGCCACGGAAGUUCUAG